AUGUCAGGCAAUGAAGAAAGGAAGAGUCAAGGAGUUCCUGAAGAAGCUCUGGCUAAACAAGACACAUCUUCAUUAACUGAUGCUGUCGAGCAAGUUGCACAGCAACAACAAUCACAAACAUCAGAAAUAGAAAAAAACAAAAAAGUUCUGUUCAAUUUGCAGAAUGAACUUCAUGAGCUUAAAACACAAAUAGCAUCUGUCUCUGCAGAAACUAAAGAAACAGAAAGGCAAAUAUAUCAGCAAGAUGCUGCCAUACAGAAUACCAAACUUCAUUGUGGAAACCUGGAAAAUCAAAUCAAAUCCUUACAUACAGAAAAUGUGAAGCUUAAAUUUGACAUAGAGGCAGCACAAGAAGAUUUUGAGGAACAAAUGAUAAGAUAUAAUGAAUACUAUGCAAAAAUAAAAGCACAUAAAGAUAGUUUGAGAGAGGUAGAGAGCAAAUGGUCCUUCAUGACUGAACUCAAUGAGAAACGAGACCUUGUUAGAAAACUAAAGACAAUGAAAGAGGAACUUAUGCAGGAUCUCCAAAAUCCAGAAGGAAACCUGAUGAAACAAGUACAGGAAGACAUUACAAACCUAAAGGAUAAAAUUAUAACUGUAAAAGAAUCCAUCAUUGAAAAAACUUGUUUUCUUGAGGAAGAAAAAAAGGCACAUGAAAAAUUAAGAAAAGAAAUAGAGGUACAACAUAAGAGAUACGGUGCAAUUCUCAAGCGUUUGCACUGUCAGGUGAACAAGCUUCAGUCAGAUAGAAGACAAUGGCAAUGGAACAUUCAACAGCUGCAAAAAACUGCAGCUGAACUGAGAAAAUGUAUUGGAACGAAAGAUUAACGUGGCCAGAGGGUAAUGUAG